AUGAUUGAUUGGGCUCUGGUUAUCUUGUUUCUAAAAUCAUUGAGAACCCACAACGUCUUUUGCCAACGUUAUGCAGAUUAUGGCCCACAAAUAACCUUCAUAGAAAUCAUUUUGAUUUGUUUCCAGACAGAUGCUGGUGUCAGAGUGCGGCAAGAAGAAGAAGAAAAUCAAAUUGGUGGUCUGUAUGUGGCAUUCAGCCAAAGGAUCAAAUGGAAUUGCACCGCAGACAGAUCGGCGGUUGAGUUGAAGUUUCUUCAGUAUAAGCAUAUUUCACCAAUUGCCGAAGAAUCACGUGACAUUCACAAAGUCAUCCAAAUUUUUUUGAUCAAGUUCAUCGACAACCCAACGAACAACAACAACCCAAGACCAAAAUCAGAAAGCAUGCCAACAUUCAACGAUGCCGACGAAAUUGUGGCUGCAUUCUCACAACAGGAUCCUGCAUCGAUUGGAUCAGCCCUCACUCAACUUCGUCAGGCUUGUUCUAUUCGACCCGUACCCAAGGCUGUGUUGAAUUACCUACGACAGGAUCCUUCUGCAAGUGCUGUGUCCGGUGCUCUGAACCUUUCUCGCGAGUCGAACUCAAUUCAUCUUUUGAGUAACUGCCUUUACACUCUCGCUCAUCUUAUCAGUAUUUCCUCAACAAAUCAGUUUAGCACCGACAACGCUCAUGAUGCCGCACGAAUUAUUCACGACUUGAUACGAAAUCACUCGAAAUCACUCCACCGCUGUUUUGCUCCUGGAAGGACUGAAGCUACCUUGGCAUGCUUGAGCUUGUUGUAUGCGUGUGUCAGCUGGAACGAAGGUGCCUGUGCACAGGUGGUGAUCACCGAUCUGAGAUGGGACCAGAAGACGAUUUCCCGGCUUCUAGACACUCGUCAGACUGUCGCUUCAAGAGCAGCCACCAAGACUAAAUCAGGACCUAAGCAAAUUGCUCCCAAAACUUCUAAGCUCAAGGGUCGACUUCAUGAAGUGGAUGUUCGAACUCUGGUCUUGAAGUUGGUGAUGAAGAUCAUGACUGCAUCUGAAUUACGCCCUUCUCUGAAAUUGGAGUUUUGGCGGACUAAAGGUCUUUCAACCGGUCUAUUCAGAGGACUUCGAUCAGAUGGAUACCACACCAUAGCAUAUGUGUUGAGUGGCAUCUGGGAUGGUGUGAUUAGAAAAGAUGGUUGGACAAGUGAAAAAGAAAAGACACACGACGAUAGUGGCGUGGAGAAAGCUUAUAAUUCUCGAUGGGAAUUGUUGGAUCAAUCGGCAAUCACAUACCUUGUCCAACUCUUAGACGAGGAGAACCCUCAGAUUACGGAAGAAGGUUCGACUCAAACAAGUCUAGAACCCACGGCGGAGUUGGUUGAACGGUUUUUCAACCAACUCACUGAUUAUAUAUCGACUUUUACGCCAUCCAGUAUAUUUCAGUCACAUGCCAACUCGAGAUUACCUCAAUACCGUAUCCUCUUGAAUCUCAUCAAAUCACUUUCGCCUACACAGUCUAUAAGACAUCAACGACUCACCCUCCACAUCCUGGAUCGCAGCCCUUCUCUUUGUCCUACACUUUGGAGACAUGCUGCUCCACCUAUCGAGCCAUCGUGUACAAUCAACUGGAUCUCCUCGAUUGGUCUAGCUUCUAAAGUCGCUUCUAUCUGCGUGACCAUACCGACUUCUGUCAAGCAUCGCGCUGUUUUAGCAACUGAUAAUAAGAACACCAUCAUAAACAUAUGUAGUAAUCUCUUAGCACAAUGCUUUCCGACACCACUAGGCAAAGCUUGGUUCACCAAAACCCUACAGCAUAGUAACUCAUUGAUAGUCUAUUGUUGUUUGACCUUGUUGGUCAUGGGCAUGAAAAAAGCUGCCAGUAUCACUAGUCAGAUACGCCAAGCUAUUGAACAAUACGAUGAGACAACUCCGACAUCCACUCUGAUCGAACCUUCCAAAUCGAUGGGUCCCUGGUCCAAUCUCCUGACAACCUUCAACGAGAUGCUCCAAUCAUUGUUACCAGAUCUUCAAAUCCUCAUCGCACUUUUGCAGAAAGCCCCCAAAGCAGCUCUACCACCACAGGGAGCCAAAUCCAACGAAGCUGCUCCCGAGGUAGAAAUGUCAGAAAGAAGCGAAAUCAAAACCGAAGAAUUCAGCUCUGACUUGAUUUCAGUCCAUGUACUUGCAUUUUUACGAUUGUGUCAUGAUUUGAUUCCUAACUCGAUUUACAACAUCCGUUUCGAUUAUGCCAAACUUAUUCCCGUCUAUCUGAAACUGAACUCGUCUCCGCACCAAAAUAAGGAAGACACACCGGCCAUACUUGACCCUCUCGUUUAUCUUUGCCAGUCAAGGAUAUUGCACCUAGUUGGAUACUCUGCCUCAAUGAACCAUAUGAUACCCUCAUCCACGUUAUUAACAUGUUUACUCUCCUUAUCGUCAGCCUCAAGGAGUUCUUCAUCUUCCCUGACAACAAACUCAGGCCACGUACCUAUAUCUGUCAGUGAAGCUGCACGUCAGACUCUGAAAGCCGUUCUAAAGUGUAGCAAUCCACACCUACGAGAUACGCCCGAUGUACAGGAAAUCCAAAUUUGGAUCGAUAUCUUGACCGAGAUAAGCGCACAUGGAGAUUGUGUACCGCUUAUUUCCUUUUUGGAUGAUUGUAUCCGAGGAUGCUUACGAAGUCCACUCAAAUUUGCUGAAGUUGGUGAAGAAUUGAUCUCUACUUGCGCAAAUUUAUCUACCCGACCGAAAAUCUCGAUCCUGUAUGCUGCCUUGUUCUCCAAGACGACAUCGGUUAUGAAAGCUUAUAAACCGGAUGUCAAGAAGACCAAUAAAUCUGAAUUGAUUGAUCAAUUGCUUAAAUUUCACAAUCUUCAUCUCUUGGGUACACUUUCCUCCUCUCAUGAUCUGUCACCUAUGAGUUUAGUGAUCAAUACAUCCGAAAGACUUUGUCAAUUGUUCGCACCGAUCGAGACCCAAGGAGUAAAACGAAAGAAAGGCGUGUUGAUGGUAGAAUUUGGAGAGGAAUCCACAUCUUCUCAUUUGUCUAACUCAGCCUCUCAAUCACAACUUUACAAAGAGCAAAACCUUUGUCUGUUGACUCGAAUUCUGGAGUGCGAAAAUCAAAUCCUAUCAGAUGAUUCAAGUAGAUGUCUUGAUCACCAGAAACUCAAGACUGUGUUUGAGCUCAUCUUGGAUUGUCUCGGUGAUGAGCCCAAUUUGAUUGAGAAAUUUCUUCAAGAUCGUGAUGUACGACACGUUUUGAAAACCGCAAUAAAACGAGCAGAUACAACGUCCUUGUUCUCAGAUGUAUCGUGUCGUGUAUUUCCAAAGCUGGACUCCAUCAAUCCGGUUCACCGCGAGCUUGCUAAAAGUUAUUCAGAUCUGGUCGCCGAAGCGAUUUCAUCCUCUGAGAGUGGUGGUAUGGAUACAGCACUUACACAAAUUCCAUCCACUCAAAAUGUUCUGCUAGAUGCGAUCCUCACAUCAACAAAAAUAAAGUCUAACACAGCGAACUCGGACGAUUGGGACGGCUUGAGAAAGCUGGUUGAGAUUGCUGCCGGGGUUAUUGGGGAUGAUUCUUCACCACUCGUGUUAAGUAUCUCCUCUAUCAAAACCCUUAUCGCCAUCGCAUGCUCAGUAACUAGCGAAUCUGCAACUACAUUACUAUCGAUCAUGGUAACACCACUACCACGUUUCAAUGCGACGUCAGCGACCUCUCAGACUGAGAAAAAUUUAAUGCUUGCUUGUGUUGAAGUAUCUACAUCAGAAAGCUUCAAACGAUCGUGGCCUGAACACCGUGAUCUAUCAAUCAGCCAAGAGACCAUCAAUUUGCAUCUUCCAGCCGUGAUGUCUAUUCUUUUUGACGUCAAGAUAUCGACAGAAUCAUCGGAUGUUGAAGAAAAACGCUUACAGAGGAUCACAGUAUCUGAACUGAUAAAGGCAUUACACUCUAAGUGUCAUUGUGCUUUCGAUAGCUUUUUUGCUCAAUUCGCCACAGCUUCCGAACUUUUACCAGCCUAUGCUGAGACUUUGAAUACACUGAUCAUCACUGGAUCGCAAUAUGUUGAAUCAUGGUUGGUCCGAAGAUAUGCAGAAGAUAAAGAACUUUCCAAAGAAAUAGAAGAGCUUACGAGAUCUCUCAAUGAUUACUUGAGUUCAUCACACUUAUCACUUCCGGCUCACUUGGUAAAUCCAGUUCUAUCGGCGGCGAUUCAAUGUUGGCUUCCUUCGAAUUUUGUCAUGAGACUAGUAGAUCAAUUAGUCCAAUGUACUCCUUUGAGUGAUACGGACGUUUUAAACAUACAAGAAUGGUAG